CUUGACCUUGUUGUUAAAAUUUAAAGCGCCUGAUUUGAGUCGGGUUCAUGAUAGAUAGAAGUGUUCUAAUCUUGGUGUUGUGUGGCGUACUUCUGGGUUUGUGCACAGCUCAAGACACUAACUAUACGUAUUUCAAUGUGUCUGGCUGUUUGGCAUUUUUCGCUCGUUCAAUUUCGCUCAAGUUCCAAGUUGGUACAAAAGUAAGUGUUGUACCAAUACCAGCAAGUUCAAUAAAACUCUCGACACAAAGUAAAUGCUCAGACACGGAAUCACUACUUGUUUUCACGGCUAGUACAGGUGAAAUCACAUCUCUGAGUAUGAGUGUGCAGUUUACAAAAUCAGGUCGUUAUUGGGGUGUAUCUGGAUCCAACAUAAAUAUCACAUGCACAUCAGAAUCAGAUUCAUGUAUUAAUUUAUCCGAUAGUCCUGUAGCUAUGGGAUGGGCUGAAGCUCCAAUUGGUCUUGGUUACAAAUGCACUAAACCUCCUGUUGCAUCUGUUAUGGCUAAGUUAAACACUGGCAAGUCGGUAUCCAUUCAGUUCAGCAGUGUUCAGAUCGAACCAUUUAGUGCUAAGAAUGGUGUAUUCGGUGAUGUGACCGAUUGUGUUGGAUACUUCAGUAUUGGUGUUUGGUCUUCGUUAAUUGUUUCUAUCCUUUUGGUGUCUAUUUUAACCUAUGGUCUUGUUAUGCUGGCCUCGGUUCAACCUACUGAAAUAUACGAUGAUCCUAAGAAGAAAAUGAUCCAGUUGGGUGCCGAUAAAUAAGUAAAACAAUAA